UUUUUGUAAGAAAACAAAAGGAAAGAAAACAGUUUACCUACAAAAUGAAUACUCAAAAAUGUGAACAAAAUAAGGAAGCGAAAGAAAAAACAUUUGUCGAAAAACAGGCUGAACGUAUGCAGAGACUGCGUAACUUACACACCGCCCGAAACGAAGCUAGGACACAAAACCACCAAGAAGUCGUAGCAGAAGAGGCUAGGAACAAGCUACCAACGAACUAUGAAGCUAAACGGCGCCAGGCAGAGUGGUUAGUAGAGGAUCAGAAGAAACGAGAAGAAGCAGAAACAGAAGGCAAAAACUACGAUCGAGUCAAAUUGUUGAAUAUUUCUGCGAUAGAAGCAGAGCGACUCGAACGUAAAAAAAAGAAAAAGAACCCAGACCAAGGGUUCUCGACGUAUGAACAUGCCACAAUACGACAAUACAACAGGCUAGUGAAAAACAUGCCACCAGCGGAUAUGGAACGGUAUGAGAAACAAAAGCAAAAGUAUGGUGAAGCAUUCUAUGGAGGCCCCAACGUCAUCAUACAUGGAAUGCACGAAGAUCGUAAAGAGGCAGUAGACAAAAUGGUUGAUGAUCUGGAGGGUCAGAUUGCAAAGAGAACUAAAUAUUCGAGGAGACGAAUUCAUAAUGAUGAUGCUGAUAUUGAUUAUAUCAACGAGAGGAAUGCUAAAUUCAAUAAGAAAUUGGAAAGGUUUUAUGGAGAGCAUACUGCUGAAAUAAAACAAAAUUUGGAGAGGGGCACUGCCAUUUAGCUUAAAAACACCAGAGUAUUUACUAAAUGUAUAUUGGUAUUUUAGAUUGUAGAUAUAUGCAAUAAUGCAAUACUAACUUGUUGAAGAAAAAAAAAUGAAAUAAUAACAUUUUUAUAAAACUGCUUUGAUAAUGAAAGUUAGAAUAUCAGAACCAAUUUACAUAAAUGAAUGCAACUACUUCUCAUAAUGUACAACAAUCAUAGUUUUUAACAUUUAUUUUUAUAGAAAAUAGCUACCGUA